ACUUAACUAAGGAAUAUUUUUUCACUUCUCAAAUCCUGGCCUGGUCUGUUUGGCAACUGUUCCCGGGAGUCUCGCGGUUUUGCGCCUUUGGGUUUAGAAACUGUGAUAUUAUUUAGACGUAAUCAUUCGAUAGAUCUGCAAAAGAUAAUCUAUUGUCCUUUUCAAAGCAGAGAAGAAUGGCUUAAAUAAAUUUGGGAUUCAGUAAAUGGCUUGCAAUACAUUUGGGAUUCAAUACAAAUUGACUUGCAUAAAAAUGCUUACCUAAAUCUGUCAUACAGCUUCCAUAAUAAUUAGUCUGCAAUUAAAUAGGCAAUGUUGUUGAGGACUGAUUCUAGUUAAAUCUGUCAAUCUACCAAGAUGAACUCAGGCAAUUCUAGGACUACCAACGGGGCCUUGAAGCCACCCGACCCUGUUCUCGUGUCUCGUUAGCAUCUGUAGCCUGCCAGCAGUAUAGUGUAUAGUUCUCGGUGAGGCCGUGGAGGCAGAACACCAUUGUCGAUACAAAAUAACAUACAAGUUACACGAAAUAUAUAGAGCUAAAACUACAACGUCAGACGACGAACAAAGACAGAUAGCCUUAAGAUGCCUUCAGCAACAGUUGGCCACAAUGCUGUUCAGUCCUCCAGCCCAGAGUUGGGUUCUGGGACCCAGUCUGAGGCCAUGAAGCAGGUCCUGCAGGUGAUAGACAAGAAAGUCCGCAACAUGGAAAAGAAAAAGGGCAAGCUGGAUGACUACCAGGCCAAGAAAAAUAAAGGAGAACGGUUGAACCAGGAUCAGCUGGAUGCCUUAACUAAGUUCCAGGAAGUGACCAACAACUUGGAUUUUGCAAGGGAGUUGCAGAAGAGCUUCCUGUCUUUGGGGCAGGAGAUUCAGAAAGCAGUGAAGAAGUCUGCCCGGAGGGAGCAGCUGCAGCGGGAGGAGACGGAGCAGAGGCGGCUGAAGGCUGUGCUGGAGCUGCAGUUCCUGCUUGACCGACUGGGGGAUGAGCAGACGAGGCAGGACCUGAAACAGCUCGCUGCAGGUUCCCCCCUGCUCACUGACUCUAACCUCACCGCACUGGACAGUUUCUACAAGCUCGUGGGCCCGGAACGGGACCAUGACGUCAGGUUGACUGACCAGUAUGAGGAGGCCUCCCUACACCUAUGGGAACUGCUAGAGGGCAGAGACCAGGCUGUGGCAGGAACCACAUACAAGGCACUGAAGGAGACCCUGGACAAGGUGCUGCUGAGUGGCUAUUUUGAUAGCGCACAAACGCAUCAGAACGGAGUGUGUGAAAAAGAGGAGGAGGAGGAGGAGGAAGAGGAGGAGGAGGAGCAGCAGCAGGAGCAGUCUGUGGCGCAUGAGUUGUCUGGGGGCGGGGAGCAGCCUGCAGCACCAGAGGGAACAGUUACUGAAGAAUACACAGAGGCCAUUGAAGUAGAAGCCACAGAGUUUGUAAACAGACAGUUCAUUCCAGAAACCACAUACAGCAGCACUGGCAACGACCAAGUAGAGGAGUGGACAGCAGAGGUCCAGGUGGUCAACGUCCUCCAGCACCAGCCUCCUCCCCAGAUGACCCCUGAGCCCCACACUGUGAACCCAGUCUCCCACACGCCUGACCCCGUGGUCCGGAAGCAGGUCGUACAGGACCUCAUGGCCCAGAUGCAGGGGACCUAUAACUUCAUGCAGGACUCCAUGUUGGAGUUUGAUGGCCAUGCCCUGGACCCAGCCAUCGUGUUGGCCCAGCCCAUGAAGCCUGCACAGAGCGUGGACCUGCAGCAGAUGGUUCAUUCAGAAUCCAGACUUGCUCAACCAAGCUCAGUUCCUGAAUCUACACAAGUCCUCAUGGUCUCCCCUACACCGGAUGCCUACUCCUCCACAGCGCCUCUCUACCAGCCCUCCCACACAGCAGAGCCCCGGCCACAGACAGACGGCAUCGACCACAUCCAGGCCUCGAUGUCCCUGUCGUCUGAGCAGUCCCCCGCCCUGUCCUCCUUGCCCUCUGCCUUCCCGCCCGUCUCCACCCCCCACAGCGGCGGCAUCAAUGUCAACGCAGCACCAUUCCAGUCCAUGCAAGCGGUGUUCAACCUGAAUGCCCCCGUGCCCCCCACUAACGAAGCAGACGGUCUGAAGCAGUUCCCCAGUGGCUACGGCCAGGGCUUCAGUAGCCAGGCGGAGCACUCCGUGGAGGAGCCUGACAUCCAGCAGGACACUCUACAGUCCGCUGUAGGAGGCUUCCACACCCAAGACCAAGUGAUGUCGUCGGCAGCGGGCCACCAGGUGCAGGGGCCAGGCUUUGGGCGGCAAGGCCAGUCCUUCUAUAACAGCAGGGGGGCCGUGUCUCGCGGAGGCCCCAGGAACCCACGGGGCAUGAUCAAUGGAUACCGAGGAUCCUCUAACGGUUUCAGAGGAGGAUAUGAUGGCUAUCGCCCUCCCUUCUCGAACGCUCCAAACAAUGGUUAUGGGCAACAGGCCCAGUUCAGCACUGCACCCCGGGACUACUCCAACAGCACCUACCAACGGGAGGGAUAUCAACCAGGCUACAAGCGGGGAGCAGCCCAGGGACCUCGGGGUUGCUCUCGAGGCCGGGGGGGACUGUUCAAGCCCAGCCGAGGGAUGGUGACCCAACUGUCUGGACAUCAAGCCAAUUAGUCUUGGAUACCAACAACUCUUCCACAUCACCUCUACCCUCCUGGACCAUCCUUCCCCUGAUCUGACUGUUCCUCUCCAUAUGAAGCCUGGGUCUGAAGCCAUACAUACCACCCGUAGCUCUGUCAGAUCUUUAGCUUUCUCACAAUCAUGCUAUUGCAUAGCCUUAAACUGAUCAAGCUGGAACAUGUGUGCCUUUGCUGUUGGACUGUUUAUUUGGGUAUUUGCUUGAUAGGCAAUCAUUUACAAAACUGUCUGGGGCUAGAGACAGGCUUUGGAAGCAUGACACAAAAGACCAAACAAUAUUGACUGCAGUCAUACCAUGCAAGGACAUUGUCUCAAUGUGAAGAUUGUUUAUACUGUACAUUGUAUUGCUAUGGCAUGUUGGGGAGUAAAGUCAGUACAAAUGGUGUGUAGUCUAAGCAGGUUAUAGGUCUGACUGAUUUACCCAAAAUGAAGAUUUCCUGUGUGUACAUUUUGCUCUGGCCAGAUGGUAGCUGUUAUGUUCUGUAAAUUUGCAUUUGUCACUUCAUAUCGGCUCUGUCCAAAAACAUACUUUGGAACUGAUGUCUACACUGUAGGUCUGUAGAAUGUAAGGAUUCUGUCAGUUUGACUCUGAGUCUUGAAUUCUAGCUGUAAAGAAUAUCACUUUACAGAUGUUUUCCUGUGCAAUUGGUCAUCUGAAAAUUAAACUAAUCUUUUAUACAGAGAUAAAUUAGGCACACCUCUAUGGUGCAAGAUAAAAGACCAUUUGCCCUAGCCAGCAGAAUUUGGUGAAAGUAAAACAAAAAGGCCAAUUAAAAGAGACUCUGGGGGUGAUGUGCUGAGUACAAAAGGUAGACAUUGCCUGGUAACGGGCUGUUCAGUAUCAAUACAUGUACUGGCCUUGGCCAAGACACACUUGCAGGUCAUUAGGAACAGUAGGCUCACUCAAACACAAAUGUGAAAACAAGACGUGGUUACCUAUAAUCUCUACAGAAAUAACCAGAUCAUCAACUGACUCUUGCAUUUGCACAUCAAUAAGGUAAUCCAAAAGGGCUGGCUAUAGUAUAAGUACCACAAAAUAAGACUGCAAUGCACUCAGGUUUCCCAUGACUAGUGCCCAUAAUAGCCAACAUUAGCAUACAUUGCUGUUAUCAGACUUGAGAAUAUGAAGUAAUACACAGUAAUGAACCCAUACAAAAAAUAAAGUAUAUUUAUAUUCUA